AUGCGCACAGACCCCGCCUGCGGCACCUGUCGCAAAAAAUGCCGCCGCUGUGACCGUGCCCGCCCCGUCUGCAAUCGCUGCCGAGUGAAGGGCUUGCACUGCGAGGGAUACCCGCCGCGCUUUCAGUUUUGUCUUUAUGAGCGAGAUCCGAAAAGCCUGAGGGUGCUGGAGGAGGAGCCGUCGCUACCGCCGUCGUCGCACGAGGCGAGCUCGGGGCUGGCGCCCCACGAGAGAGAAUCGUCGGCAUCGCAUGCAGACAUAGCGGCGACGCCGUACGCGGGACGGCUGCUUGCGCAUUUCGAGACGUACCUCUGCGACGCGCAAAUCAUCGCAUGCCCCGGCGUGCAGAAUCCCUUCCGCACCUACAUUCUCCCGCUCGCGCACCACCACCUCGGUGUGCUGCACUGCGUCCUCGCCCUCUCGGCCUGCCAUCUCGUCUCCUCUGGCCGCGAUGCCAGCCCCGCCAACGAAACCAUCGCUCUCGAGCAUCGCCUCGCCGCCCUACAAGCUCUCAGUGCGCUGAUUCUCGAGGAGGAAGUAGUCGGCCUGGACGCCUUCAAGGAGGAAGUCACGCUCGUGCUUGUCCUCCUGCUGAUAUUGCACGACAUCACAGAAACAGGCAUCUCAGCACACGGGACGCACCUCACAGGCGCCGCCGCGCUGUGCGACAAAAUCGCCGCGCGCACCACGCCGCUCUCGCCCUUCCUGACCUUCCUCCUCGCCGCCCUCUCCUGGCUCGACCUCAUCCGCAGCUUCAGCGGCGCCGAAAAACUCGCCUUCUCGCCGGCGGUGCGCCUGCGCGUGCGCGACGCUCACGACCUCGGCCUCGAGACGCUCGCCGGCUGCCCUACCGCCAUGUUCGUGCGCAUCGGCGAGGUGCUCGCGCUGGGGAAACAGUACAAGCUGGGAUUGCUAGACGGGGAGGUGUUCAAAGCCGAGCUCGCGGCCGCAGAGGCAUGGUUCCGCGCCUGGGACGCCGAGCGCGACGCCGCCGCCGCCGCGUACCCGACAGCCGACGCGGCGUGGGGCGUGCUCGCGCACGCGUUCCGCCACGCCUGCCUCCUGCGCGUCCUGCGCUUCCCGGACCCGUUCGCGGUGCCGUGCACGGAUGCGCGGGUGCGCGCGUCGGUGGCAGCGAUUCUGGACGCGGCGGCCGAGGUGCCCUGGCGCUCGGUAUUGUUCAAGCGUCUGCUGUUUCCGCUGUUUAUGGCGGGCGCGGAUACGGACAGUGCCCACCAGAUGCACUAUGUAAGGCUGUGCAUUGAGCAUAUUAGGCGCGAGACGGGGUGCCAGCAUGGGGCGAUGAUGGAGCUGUUGGAAAGGGUGUGGGCGGAGCGGCGGGGGGAGGGGGAGGGCGUCGCGCUGAGGGUGGGUGGGGCGGAGGCGCGCAAUGUGCCGUGGAUGGAGUUUACAUGCUCGGAGAUGCUGGAGCGGCAGCACGCCUAUCUGUUCUAUUGA